AUGGCACAACUUGAGAAUUUGAUGGCUAACAACACUAUAAAAUUUUUGACUGAGGGUUUGCAAUCAUGUAUUACAGUUAACGGAAGCAAUUUGCAGUUGUUCUUGAAUGAGUAUUUGAAAAAGCAUGACUUGAUUCACUAUGAAGUCUUCACUGCUAUACAAAAGUCACUAAAUCCAAGAAAGUUGGAUAAGCCAGCUAGGAAGGAGCCAAAGCCUGAGACGAUGGAAGAAGAGAAGUAUGCCAAGUUCUUAAAGGAAAUCUUGAGUAACAAAAGGAAGCUGGAGGAUUUGGGACUAGUGACUCUAAACGAGGAGUGUUCAGCUAUUCUUCAGAACAAGCUGCCACUCAAAAGGAGAGAUCCAGGGAGUUUUACUGUUCCUUGCAUAAUUGGCGAUUUAUCUAUUAGUGGUGCAUUAGCUGAUUUAGGAGCUAGUAUAAAUUUAAUGCCCACUAGUCUAUUUGAUAAGUUAGGUUUGAGCGAACCUAAGCCCACUAGGAUGAGCAUUCAGUUAGCUGAUAGGACUGUUAAGAUUCCUAGGGGUAUUAUUGAAGAUGUGCUUGUUAAGGUAGAUAAGUUUAUUUUUCCUAUAGAUUUUGUAGUUAUAGACAUGGAAGGUGAGAGUACUGUGCCUUUGAUCCUAAGUAGACCCUUUCUUGCAACAUCUAGGGCUAUAAUAGAUGUUUGUGGUGGAAAACUUCAACUUAGGGUAGAUGAUGAGACCAUUACCUUCAACCUAGCUACUAUUAUGAGACACUUUUUAGACCAUGAUGAUGCUGUGUUUUCUAUUAAUAUUCUAGAUGAUUUUAUUGAGUCUCUUUUACAAGAAAUAUUGCUUGAUGAUCCUUUGCAGGUCAGAAGUGCAAAAAAAGUAAAGUCUUCUUUCGAGGACCCCCUGGUCUUAGAAUUGAAGGAGUUAGAUAAGCACUUGAGCUAUAGAUUCAUGGAUGAGGAAGAAAAAUUGCCAGUGAUUAUUGCAGCAUAUUUGACACUUGAGGAGCGAGCAAAAACUCUAGAUGCACUCAAACGGUAUAAGAAGGCCUUUGCCUACAAGAUUGUUGAUAUUCCCGGGAUCAACCCUAGUCUCUGUUCUCAUAAGAUUCUUAAAGAGGAUAGCUAUAAACCAAUAGUUCAGCCACAGAGGCGGCUUAACCCGAACAUGAAGGAAGUAGUGAAAAAGGAGGUUGUGCUGAAGAAAGGAGGCAUGACAGUAAUUCGCAAUGAGCAGGAUGAGCUGAUACCUACACGGACAGUUACGGGAUUCCGAGUUUGCAUCAAUUACAGAAGGCUUAAUAAUGCAACUCAGAAGGAUCACUUCCCUCUUCCUUUCAUUGAUCAGAUGUUAGAAAGAUUGGUAGGACAUAUGUUUUACUGUUUCCUUGAUAGUUUUCAGGGUAUUUCCAUAUCCCAAUUGCACCUGAAGACCAAGAGAAGACGACUUUCACCUACCCCUACGAGAUAUUUGCUUAUAGACGGAUGCCCUUUGGUCUAUUCAAUGCGCCGGCUACGUUUUAGCGGUGUAUGA